AUGGCGCAAACAAUAUCGCCAGCCGACCAAGGCGCGGAGAGCUGGAAUCCAGCGCUCCGUCCGGAUUCGAGUACUCAUAACUCCGAGCCGGUCGCAUCUACCGAUGCCUUGUCGGAUCUCCUGGCCGCAGAUAACGCCAAACAACCUCCCGCUUCCGAUCUCAAGUCCCCUCUCAGCGACGACAGUUUUUCCGCAUGGGACAUGCCCAUCGAUAUCAACCAAAUGCCGUCGAUCGAUACCGCCGUCAAAUCCACGCCACAGAAUGCGCCGGCAACUUUGGAUACAACUGGUGUGGAUAAUAACCCGGAAGUGAAUGGCACCACCGACGCGGUCCCCGUUGAGGCGUCAAGAUCAGAUGAGCCCCAGGACCCUUUUGCGCAAGGUGCUGAGUCUUCUCAACCUCAGCCGGAUCAACCAGCAGCUCCUUUGGUUGAAGCUGCUCUCACCAUCGAUCCCAACGAGGCUAUUCCAGCCUCGACCCCCAAUAAUACUGAACCCGAGCAGUCCCAAUCACUGCCCGAUGAGCCUUCCGUCUUUCUUUCCCAGGUUAGCGAAUCGAGAGAUGCUGUUGAGCCAACCGCAAAUGCCGAACCCCCUACCGAGCCCGAGCCUUCGUCAAUCGAUCCUAGCCCCGUGCAGCCGCAAGUUGAUGAGCCGAGCGUUCCCGUCGCGCUGGCCUCUGAUCCUGUGGAGCCAAUAGCCACGGUCACAGAAAUCCCCGCCGAGCUCGAGCUCCCCACUGCCAACGAAGAGCCCGUUGAACAGCUUGUCCAGACCGAAUCGACGACCGUGGAAUCGGUCUUCAACACCGACUCCCAAGAAGACCCCGCGGCCUCGUUUUUUGACGAUAUCGAAGGCGUCCAAAACCAAGCAGAUCAAACCCCCGGACCGUGGGACACCCUGGACGAUAAGGAUACAGGUGCGCAGCCAGUUGUUGAGACAAUCGCUCAAGAGGUUGAGAGUGCUCCAUUGGCAGUGGAAGCAACGUUGGAAGAAGAGCCCACAGAUGACGACGCUUGGGGGCAUAAUGCUCCUAUCGACGUGGAUUCUGACGGGGAUGACUUCUUUAACCAGCUGAAGACUCAAACAAAGCCUAUAUUUGGACCUCCGGAGACGGAGUCAAGAUACGAGGAGGGUGUUCCCUUACUUGAUGAACCCUAUUCUCCAAUCUCUCCGGUGCAGGAGAAGACACAGGACGCGCCGCAGCAAACUUCCAUCGACAACUUGUUUGAUAGAGAAGAUGAAGACGCGGAAGGAUUCUUCAGUUCCGCGCAGAAGCCAGAGCCCAGUGCUCCGCGUUCGCUCCACAUCACACGCAAAAGCACUUCGCAAGUGAUGGAUUCGUCCAUCGGAUUCCACAUCGACUCUCCGACCAGUGACAUUUCAGCCGCCGCACAGCUUGAUAGUGUUCUCAAUGCUGCAUCGUCUGAUUCUCCUGCGCUGAAUUUCCAAACGGCAGGUGGAGAGCCAUCUGAGGAGGAUCUUGCCGCACGUUGGGAAGCUGAACUUAGUGAUAUGGGAGAGGAUGACAUAGCGGCACGUUGGGAAGCCGCCCUCAGUGAUGAUGAUGAAGAUAUGUUACUAGGAGAUGAUGCACAACCAUCUACCAGACAGCAAACUGCUCCACAGGCUGCGGUUGCUUCCCUAACCAACGCUGGACCGACUGCCUUGAACAGUCCCUUCCAGACGCCACAGAGUCAAGCUCAACCCCGGCCAAUCCCCGGUGUAUACACCCCACACCAGCCGACCACGGGCGACCUGCUGUCCGGACUGCCUCUCCCAGGAGCCCCUCCUCAGACAAACCCUUACUUUUCCCAGCAGCCUGCGAACCCCGUUGCAACACGAGGAGAAAGUUAUGCCGAGCAAUCGAAGCAAGGCUACAAGUCUCCCUAUGAUCUCCCUGAUGACUUGUCCCGUCCUCGACGGCCAGUCGCUACUCAUAAGCCUGUUCCUCCGAAGGUGGAGAAUAUGCCGCCGCCCUCGAGCAUGGGUGUGCAACAACAUGUAGCGCCUCCCUCGAUGCCGCAUGCACCGUCAGUCAUGGCUCCUCCUCCUACUGCACCGGCUGCUCCCCCGCCAGCACCAAAGAAUUUCUACGAAGAGCUUCCAUUACCUACCCCCAGAUCUCGCCCUGCUAGCUCUGGCCGGUAUACUCCCGGUCCCAUGGCAGCUGGUCCUGGACCGACUGUUCAACCCCCCCAUGCCACCCCCCCCCAAAAUGCAAAUUUGAUGGCUCCACCUCCUGUCUCUGCGGCCAAUAUACCUGCUGCACAGUCCUCCCUGCAGCUUCCGGAACCGAUGGACCCGUACUCAUCUACUUUGGCCUCAAGUGCGCCAGCUGGUCCUAGUGCCGCCUCCAGAUAUUCGCCGAAGCCUCCAGGUCUUCACCCUUCCGCGAAGCCGCCUUCGCUUCCAAGAUACUCACCAGCGCCUCCGCCUUCAGCGUCUGCUGGGCGCGGCCGCUACGCAUCUCAACCAUUAUCUGUUCCUGGACAGCAGACAUCUCUACCAUUCCAGCCUCGUACAUCAAGUCCCUUGGCUUAUCACGAAAAGGUGUCGUAUCAACCUGAGGUGGCGCAACAACCUCAUAUGCCAGCUCCAUCGCUUCAGCCAUCGGUCGACCUGUCCCCCCUCUCAUUCAACGAGCAGACGAAUGCCUUUGCCCCGGAGACUGCUAGCCCGCCAGUGGCUUCGCAGCAGGCUCCUCCAACGAACCGCUAUGCGCCAGCGGAGUAUCUUAAUGAGUUUGCCAAUCGUGUUGCGCCUAGCCCUACCCAAUCCCAGGCUCCUCCGCUUCCGAGCCCUACUUAUGCACCGGCUGUUUCGGCCCCUGCAGCAGCCGGAUCGACAUCACCCCAAGCGGUUGAUUCGCAAUUUGCUGCUCCCCUGAGGUCUCAAACACAGUCGCCUGGUCAGCAGUUGACCAGCCCCCGCUCAUACCUGCCACCCAUAGAGCCUCCUCUUCCACGCCCUGCCUCGGUUCAUGGGUCCUCAUCGCCGACUAAGACGACAAACCCCUACGCACCCGCACAGCCAUCUAUGGCGAGCCGGGCUCGUGCGAUGUCGCAGCACCUUGCGUUCAUCACACCUGUAGAUGGACAGGAGCAAGAUACCCUUCAGCGGUGGAAGGGAGCUCCGAUUUUCAAGUUUGGAUUCGGUGGAGCAGUUGUUUCAUGUUUCCCGAAACACAUCCCACGCUAUUCUGCUGGCCAAACCGCACCGAUGAUUAAGCCUAGCCCGGGUGAACCCAAGUUUUCUCAACUGAAUUACUGGUUGCCUCCUACAGAGACUAUUGUUCAACAUCCUGGUCCUCUCAAGACCAAGGCCAAGAAGAAGGAUUUGCUGGCUUGGAUCUCAAGCAAAGUCGCGGCUUUCGAGAAUGAGGUCUCCCCUGACUUUGACCACUCCGAUCCCGAUGCACGGAAGCGCCGCGAUGAGAAGAUUUUGCUAUGGAAGGUCGCCAAAAUUUUGGUGGAGAACGAUGGAGUCCUAGAAGGAUCGCCUGCAAUUGAACAGUCCCUUCGGCAGGCUGUCUUCCCCAACCUGCAGAACCAGACUUCGGAUAACUCGUAUGGAGGUACCUUUGCAAAUUCAGGUAGCCUAAGAACCCUCAACAACCCCCCACAAUCAGAUGCUGUCGAUCCUCGCUGGAUGGAAGAUUUGCGCAAUGAUUUGUUCUUGGGUGAGCGUGAGAAGGCCGUCUGGGGCGCCGUUGAUCGUCGUUUAUGGGGACACGCCAUGAUUGUCGCAUCAACCAUGGAUAAGUCGGUGUGGAAACAGGUCGUGCAAGAGUUCGUUCGACGUGAAAUCAAGUCAACGACAUCGAAUUCGGAGUCGCUGUCAGCUCUCUACGAGAUUUUUGCUGGAAACGUGGAAGAGAGCAUCGAUGAACUGGUUCCCCCGUCUGCGCGGGCUGGCCACCUUUUGAUCAGUAAGGCUGAUGGACAAGGAGCUUCCAAGAACGCGCUUGAUGGUCUGGACAGCUGGAGAGACACCCUUGGACUCGUUCUCAGCAACCGCAGCCCCGAGGAUCACCAGGCAUUGCUCGCACUUGGGCGUUUGCUCGCAUCCUAUGGUCGCAUUGAAGCUGCGCACAUUUGCUUCCUGUUCUCUCGAUGUGCUGUGUUCGGCGGUGCCGAUGAUCCCCAGGCCAACGUUGUGCUCCUAGGCGCGGAUCACCAGCGUCAUCCUUGCACUCUGCUUGAUGAAGAUUCAUUCCUCCUGACUGAGAUCUACGAGUACGCUACAUCUGUUCUUGCAAGCUCCCCGAUAGCAAAUAUGCCGCACCUCCUGUCAUUCAAGCUGCUGCAUGCUAAGCAACUUGCCGACCGAGGUCGCAAAUCGGAGGCACAGAAUUACUGUGAUGGGGUCGCGGCAUCUCUAAAAGCCACGACUCGACCUUCGCCAUACCACCACCAAUAUUUGUUUAUUGAGGUGGACGAGCUUUCUGCACGUCUCCGUCAAACAACCACCGACGGCAGCUCGUCCUGGAUCUCCAAGCCAAGUAUGGAGAAGGUUUCCGGGUCCGUGUGGGCUCGCUUCAAUAGUUUCGUUGCUGGCGAGGAGAAUGAUGCGGCAGCAGCCGGUUCUGGCAAGGCUGGGGAAGUCCCAGACGUUGGCCCCUUUGCUAACAUCGCUGGAACGCCAACUGUCAGCCGGUCUCCCUCCGUGUCGGAUAUCUAUGGAUCAUACCCCGGCACAGGAGCCCAGCCAAUCCCCGCUGGUGGACCCUCGCGGUACAUGCCUUCAUCAAACCCGUACGCGCCCAAUGGAUCCCCUGAGCAGCCCCGUGGAAGAUCUUCCAUGGAUUCCCAGCGCUCGGCUUCGUAUGGAGGAAUCUCCUACGGUCAACGUCGGAGUUCACAGGAGAUCUCAUCUCCUUCAGCCGAUGCUCAAACUUUUGCUGGGGCGAUUUACGGAUCUCCCGGUGCUGUUACUGGUUACCAGCCUACUCCUCCCCAAUCGUCUUACAUGCCACUUGCCCCGGUUGAGGAAACAUCGGCCACCCAAUCUCCCGCAGACCCGGCACCACCUCCUCAAUCGGCCCUCAACGGGCUCUUCUACCAGCCCCAAGGGCAGGAACCAGCAAACCAGUCCCCCUACUACCAAGGCCCUCCUGGAAUGCCGCAGUCGGAAAGCAAUGGGUACAUGCCCCCCGCGACCAGCUCUAAUGCUUACGAGCCACCUUCCUAUGCUCCUGUCAUGAGCUCUGCGCCGGAAGAGACCCAGGACUCUGCCGAAGCAGAGGCCCCUAAACCCAAAAAGUCCUUUAUGGAUGAUGAAGAUGACGGGGACUUGGCUGCUCAAGCCGCUGCUCUCAAGAAGGCCGAGAACGACCGGAAGGCGGACGAAGCUUUCAGAAAGGCUGCCGAAGAAGAUGCCAAGAAAGAUCAACAAGGCCCCAAGAAGGGGUGGUUUGGUGGAUGGUUCGGAGGUGCCAAGAAGGAAGCCGAACAGUCAGGCAGCGGCGGCGGCGGCGGCCCUAUCAGGGCCAAGCUCGGCGAGGAUAGUUCAUUUUACUACGACAAGGACUUGAAGAAGUGGGUGAACAAGAAGGACCCCGGCAGCGCGGAACCCGUUCGUGCCACGCCGCCUCCUCCCCGUGGCUCUGCUCCUCCCAGUCGCAAUGCCAGCUCCGGCAGCAUGCCACCGCCCCCAAUGCCUCCGAUGCCUUUUGCAUCGGGAAGCCGUCCAACAUCUUCAUCUAGUGAUAUGCCGCCUUCACUUUCAUCUAGCCCGGCUUUCUCUAGCCUUGGUGUCCCCCCACCAAUGGGUCCCUAUGGCAGCCUGCCGCGGUCCGUCUCUACAGGUGGUGCCCAUCCAACCCCACCUGGCAGUUCCUCCGGACCGCCUCCUCGUCCGUCAUCCUCUUUGACGCAUGCCAGCUCUAUUGACGACCUCCUGGGUGCACCGCAAGCACGCAAGGGUAACACUGUAAAGGGCAAGAAGAAGGGCCGCUACGUCGACGUGAUGGCCCAAUAA